AUGAAUACCGCUUACUUAUCAGUUUUACCAUUUGUUGUCCUUAAUCUUGGGGGUGAGAUGAUCUUUAUUUUGGAUUAGAGACUAAGAGCCCAAGAAAUCGGAAAUGAAAGAUCUUAAAAAGUAUUGCAGGAUGUGGUCAAGACUAUGCUUUCCAAGAAAUUUGUAGAGGAACUUUUCAGGCCUUAAGAGAUGUAUUCAAUGACAAGCACUAGACAAAUAUUUGAAAAGCUAGCUCAUUCAUCUAUUAUGAAACUGAAUGCAACCAGCAUGGGCAAACUAUUUGAUUUGAUGUUGAUGGGAAUGAAAUAUCAGUUCUUAUCUUGUACUUCACCUGAUGAAAUAUACAAUGUUACAAUCACUCAUUUGCAAGCAAUUGCAGAUUUGAUCAAAGGAUCUUCAGUUGAGCUUCUAGUCAAUGAUUGCAUGCAGUAAUUUAAGGCUUUAUGCUCUUAAUUCACAGCUUAUCACAUGAUGAUUGUCAAACAGCAGAUCUAUAAAUUCUUCCAGGACAAGCAUAUUAAGGUCUCACUUUUUAUCUAAGACGGCAUUUAGGGUCUAGACGGUACAAUCUAUUUGAAUUUUUCUGGAGAAGGAGUGAUUUUCGGAGAGAAGCCUGGCUCUUGUAAAUUUUAUGACUAAAACAAGGAAGUCUCAAGGGAGAAUUAGAUCAAUUUGAUUCAUUCUUAAUACUGGAAACCAAAUCCAUUAACUAAGAGAAUGACUCACACAACCUAACCUCACCUAGGAACCAAUAUGUAUGCUGCUGAAAGAGUAAAGCCGCCUAUUCCUUAAAAAAUUGAAGAGCAAGAAGAUUAGGUCAUAGAAGAGGCAAAAAUUAAGAGAGUCUAACUUGAAGAACAAAAAUAGAAGGCUUCAAGAAAUACUGAGGGUAGCUCAGAGUAAGUUACAAAUGAAUUCAAUUAAUUGGCUGAUUUGAUAUGCCCAAGUUCAGAUACAAAUGAUGAUUUCAAACUAAAUCUAUUCCCAGAGUCCUAGAGCUAUUCGGGAGGACCAACUUAAGCAUCAGACAACAUCAUAAAUAUAGAUUUAGGAAAGUAGGGUAAAAGUGAAUAGCUUAAGAAAUUAGCUCAUGAUUUUGAUGACCUAGAUUUAGAUUCUGGUAAUUAGGCUAAUACAGGCGACGAGCUCCUUGACUUAAUGGAUGGGUGA